GAUGCUCGGGAAAAAGGCUAGCGUCUCGAUUUGACCUUCGAGGUGAUGAACAUUCGUAACGCCUCAACGACUUCUAUCUCAUUGUUACAAAAUACAGGUUGACAAAUGUCUAGCGUAGAAAAAUACGUGAGCAAUGGAUUGUUUGCAAAAACUAAGUGAAAUGGCUUUUCAUAUAAACCUCCUAAAGUCGAAGACAACAGUUACAAUGCAUAUGAGUAUUCGUCGGGAUAAAAAGCAAAAUAUUUGAUCAACCUACCGCUAGAUGAGGGCAGUGACGCAGCACAAUUCUUGGGUUAGUGAAUGGAUGGCCAUUGUUGUUCCGCGAAAAUUUGUCGAAUGAGUCGAACGCGCCAGAGGGUUUUGGAUAUUUGUGUUUGUAAUGUCGUAGCUGUUCGAUAAGAAAAUCGCAUUUAAAACUAAAUAGACGGGAUAGUUCACAGUGCAACAGAUAUUGUUGCUUAUUGUCACUGUAAUGGUGGAAUAAACAUAUAAUUUUUUAUCGUCGUUGUGAUAGAAUGGAUAUAAUACAGAGCGUAGUCAAAGUGAUAGAAUGAGCACAAGAAAUAUGACGGAUGGAUAUGGGUAUAUUGGUGAGCACUCCGUUUGACAAAAUGAAAAAGCUGAUGCUGUUCAGAUAACUUUUAUCUGGACAAAAGAACUCAAUUAUUUCAAAUAUGAGCCUUGCCAACUUAAGAUGGGUGGAGACAGGUAGUAUAAAAAUGACACCUGAAAAAAGUGCAAUAUAUGUAUAAAUCAUUUUUCAGGCAUUCAGCUAACAAAAUUUUCAUUGGGUUGCAUGCUUGACUUAGCAUUCCAAUUCAAGAGCCUACAAUUGUUAUAUCAUAGCCUUUCCGUGCUGCUAUAGCCAGUUGCGAGAAAAAUAUAAAUCUCACUAAAUGGUCGUGAUUGAGGAGCCACGCCCGCAGUUCAGACAAAAUUUUAUACCAAAGUUCAAAUGUACCUUAAUCUCAAUUGCUGGGAAACUUGUCUACUGACGCCAGUUGGGUCGUCGUAUGCCUUCAGAGCGACGUGUCAACAAUUGUGCGCACGAAGGGUACCUCGUAGAUACAGAUAUUUGAGUAUCCUAUACCAAACGCUAGUUCUAAUUCAUCAUUGGAGCCCAUGUUCCCCAACAAUGUUUGUGUAUCCCUGAGUUUGAAGGGUUGGAUCAUUGCAGACGGUCAACUUUCUAUGGUUCCUUAUUUUCAACAACCAAAGUCAGCACAACGAAAUGGAAAGCUUUGGAAAUCUGGUGUCGAUCGACCCACAUUUGCAAAAGGCAUCUUCUGGGACCAUUAUAUCUGAUCCUGUAAAGCCCAUAUGUUUAUGAAAGUGUUUUAAUAAGUUAUAUUUAAUUGAUAAUAAUUUUAUGCAUUCUGGAUUGUGAUCAUUAAAAUCGUUUGUCAUAUUUUAGUGUGAUUGUUGGAUUAAUUACAUAAAAUGCAAUCUUGGAGAGAGGAUGGUAUAUCUGAAAUAUAUUCAAGGGGUAUGUUGAAAUAUCCCCAUUCUGUUGCUGAGUUUAUCCUCGGACGUCUUCGAAACGCUAACCCAAACAAAAAAGAUAAGAAAUUUGAUCUAAUUUUGGACGCUGGGUGUGGAGUCGGUGGAUCUCUAAAGCAUUUUCUUCCUUAUUUCCACUCGGCAGUGGGAUUCGACGUUAGUGAGAAACAGAUAGAGAAAGCCCGAAAACUUAACAUUUCAGAAAACGUUUCUUUUUUCAUAGCGAGCGAAGAAAAAUUUCCAGCAGAAAAUAAGUCAGUUGAUUUGAUAAUAUGUGCUUCAUCCGCUCAUUAUAUGAAUAUAAAGAAUUUUGUUUCUGAAAGCAAAAGGGUUCUCAAAGAUGGAGGUUUGGUCGUUUUGUAUGCUCACGGCUUCUCAAAUUUGACCGUGGAAAGAAUAGAAAAGUCCGGCGAUUUUACCAGCGUUCCUGGAUAUAAAAUCAUGAUGAAUGAUUUCAUACAACCCACUCAUCAGCAUUUAUUGGACAAUGGUCAUCCGGCGGGAGACUGGAUAAAACGAUAUAACGGCAUUUACAGCCAGAUACAGGGUAUGGAAAAGGAUAGAUACGAUAGCAUGACACUUGAUUAUCCGCUAACUUUAGAAGAAUUGAAGGAUUACUUUUUGUCGAGUCCGGCUUACAAAAAUUUUCAUGAUACUUUUAGAAAAGAAAACGCUCCGAUGAACGUAAUGGGGGACAGGCUUAAAGCUUUGGCUAAUUCAAAUGAAUGCGAGGACAAAGAUUUAAAAGUUUGCCUAACACUUUCACUGUUUUUUGUGUUCUUUUUUUAACUUUUACUAUGAAUUACAAAUGAUAGUCACGUAGCAUGGUUGUAUCUAAAUCACCUUCUUGAUGAACAAUAUAGUAGUUUUAUGCUGGUAGAUGUGGACUAUUUAUAUACAAUAUGAUAUUGUUACAAUACGGGUUAUGUUAUUAUAUAUAUAUAUGUCUUUUUUUUACGUGAUGAUAUUUCGAGUAAUUUAUAUACGGAUAUAACUAAAUAUAUUCACUUUGGGCCGUCAUUGCAAUGAGUUACUGUUUGAGCAUGAACAAACACAAUAUAUACGUAAGUUAUGUACGUAUCUCGUAGAAACAAUAUAUAUCUGGACCUGGUGAUGCACCCAGUGAAAGAUGUGUGUUUUCAUAUUUCCCUGAAUUCACCAAAAUGUUUUUUUUUACUAGCAUAGUCAAA